UAUACGUCAGACUUUAUUCAGCUUCCAGAAUUUCCCAAAUUGAUCAAAAAGUCUCUUUCUCCGCCAAAUUCGCACACUGUCAGAAAAACAACUCAAUCGACAUGGAACCGGAAAUCCAAGAGAGAAUCGAGAAGACAGUGCUGAGGAUUCUACAAGAGUCUGACAUGGAGCAGACGACGGAGCACAAGAUCCGGAAGCAGGCCGCGGCGGAGCUCCAGCUCGAUCUCUCCGACCCGCCUUACAAGGCCUUUGUCAAGCAGGUCGUUCAGUCCUUCCUCGAACAACAGCAACAAGAAGAGGAAGAGCGAGAAGAAGAAGAGGAAGAACGAGGAGACCCUCGUAAGGAGUACGACGAUGAUGGCGACCUCAUCAUUUGCAGGCUGUCAGAGAAGAGACGAGUGACGAUUCAAGAGUUCAGGGGGAAAACUCUGUUGUCGAUAAGGGAGUACUAUAAGAAAGAUGGGAAAGAGCUUCCUACUUCUAAAGGAAUAAGCCUGACCGAGGAGCAAUGGUCAGCCUUCAAGAAGAACAUACCUGCUAUAGAGAAAGCCAUUACGAAGAUGGAGUCACGGAUCAUGUGAUAAUAUCAUCCGGAGAUAGAUGACAUCUCUUGCAUCCCCUUAGUGGUUGUAAUAAAAUGAUUUGACUUAUCGGUUUCCUGAUGGCAGUUCAUUUUGUUUAGAGCUUUAACUGCUGUUUCAAAUUAGUGCCAGAGUGCCUCAACUCUUUCAUGACCAGUGUGGACCAGCUGAAUUACGUGGUAUGUAUUAAAGCGCUAAUGAAAUGACAGUCUUUGUUA